AUGCCAAAUGUCGUAUUGGCAGACAAAGUAUGGGUGUAUGGAAACAGCUUUGAGUCCUUCCUUGUCCCAGUUGCUAACCCGGCCCAGCAAACUCUUGAACGAUGGGCCGUGGAGAAUGGAGUAAAUGGAGACUUCAACUCCAUCUGCCAAAACGCAAAGGCAAAAGCAUUCAUACUUGGCGAUCUCUUGAAGGGUUUUGAGAUCAUUAAAGCUGUUCAUCUAGAACCAGUUGCUUUCGACAUGGAAAGAGAUCUUCUUAGUCCAACUUACAAAAAGAAGAGGCCUCAAUUGCUCAAAUACUAUCAGAGUGUGAUAGAUGAAGUGUACAAGACAACAAAGGAAGGUCAAGCUUCCGGACAGUAG